AUGGUAUCCAUAGAAAGCUCUUUAUUACAACUAAUUUUGGGUGAACUAAAUGCCGAUCAGGGAUCUAUUAAAGUUGAAGAUAACAUUUCCUAUGCAUCUCAAGAACCUUGGCUUUUUAGUGGAACCAUUAAGAAAAAUAUUCUAUUCACUGCACCAUUUAAAGAAAAUCAGUACAAGGAAGUUGUCGAAAAAUGUUCACUUUUAACAGAUUUCGGACAAUUACGCUAUAGAGAUAGUACCCUAGUGGGUGAGCGGGGAGCAGCAUUGUCAGGCGGUCAAAAGGCACGCAUUAAUUUGGCACGUGCUGUCUAUAACCAAGCCUCAACAUAUAUUUUUGAUGAUCCCCUAAGUGCUGUAGAUGCCAAUGUAGGACGUAAUCUAUAUGAACAGGUGAUAGGACCAAGAGGUCUAUUAAAAGACAAAACUAGAAUAUUGGUUACCCAUCAAACACAAUAUAUAACCGAGGAAGCUGAUCUAAUAGUUUGGGUAGAAGAGGGCAUUAUUAGAAGUGGCAAUUUUGCAGACAUGCAUGAAAUUAUAGCGUCACAAGUUUUAAGAGAUGACAAGAAAAUUGAAAAUGAAAUGCAAAAACAGAUGGCAAAUGGGGAAGCUAAGGUGGAACAUGAAGAAGAGGAACCUAAAGAAUCGGAUGCUUUACUAAAUGGCAAGUUAAAGGACAAGGAGCAGGCAAAUGAUAAAGAACAAAUAGUAUCCGAAGAUCAGGGUAAAGGCUGUGUUAAGGCCAGUGUUUGGUGGGCCUAUUUUCAUGCUGGCAAUAGUGUCUGUGGUCUGAUAUUUAUAACAUUUGUUUUAAUCAUUUCUCAAGCCGUUUGUAGUGGUGCCGAUUAUUUCGUUAAUAUUUAUACAAAAAUUGUUUUCAUGGACAGUCAUAACCAGGAUGCUUUAAUAUCGGAAGAAUUGUGUUUGAUCAUUUAUAGCAUUCUCAUAGUAGCGGCCAUAUUUAUGAUUAUUUUUCGCUGUUAUUUGUUUUUGAAAACCUGCAUGCAUGCCUCUAAGGUUCUGCAUGAUCGCAUGUUUGGUUGUAUACUUAAGGCCACCAUGCGGUUCUUUGAUACUAAUCCCUCGGGCCGAAUUUUAAAUCGUUUCUCUAAGGAUAUGGGUGCCAUUGAUGAAAGUUUACCACGUUUUAUGUCGGAAUUUACACAUUUGGCAUUGGUGAUGUUGGGUGUAUUGGUAGUGAUCUGUAUUGUAAAUCCUUUACUUUUGGUGGCAGUUGUUGUUGUGGGUCUUGUGGAUUUCGUUAUCAUUAAAUUGUAUUUGCGUUCAUCGCAGGAUCUAAAACGUUUGGAAGGAAUACGUCGCAGUCCUGUCUUUUCCCACGUUUCAGCCACUUUAAGUGGUUUGUCCACGAUACGUUCCCGCAAACGUCAAAAUAAUAUGAUUGCUGAAUUCGACAAUCUACAGGAUAUACACAGCGCUGCUUAUCAUCUAACAUUGACUUCAAAUACUGCCUUGGGUCUAUGGUUGGACUGUGCCAAUGUUUCCAUACUACUCAAUACGGUUACAUUUUCCUUUAUACUACUUAAUGAUUAUAGUACCUAUAGCGGUAAUGUUGGCCUGGCUAUUACCCAAGCUAUGAUGCUAACGGGUAUGGUUCAAUAUGGUUUGCGUCAACUAGGUGAAGCUUUUCAACAAAUGACCAGUGUGGAGCGUAUUUUGGAAUAUACCAAAUUGCAACAAGAAAAAACAAGUGGAGAAAAACCUGCCGAACAGUGGCCCAAUGCAGGAGUUAUUAAAUUUAAUGAAGUGAAUGUACGUUAUCAUGAGGAUGGUCAAUUGGUGUUGAAAAAUCUAAAUUUUUCCAUUGAUUCUGGUUGGAAAAUUGGUAUUGUGGGUCGUACGGGUGCGGGUAAAACUUCAUUGAUUUCCUCACUAUUCCGUUUAUCGGAUUGUAUAACGGGUAGCAUCAUCAUAGAUGGUCGGGAUACAAGUGACAUUGACUUAACCUUGUUACGUUCUAGUCUUUCGAUUAUACCACAGGAACCGGUACUCUUUAAGGGUACUAUACGAUAUAAUCUAGAUCCAUUUAAUAAAUAUGAAGAUAAUGAAAUGUGGGAAGCUUUAAGGAAUGUUCAAUUGGGUCGUGAUUUGCCUUUGGAUUUUGAGGUUACCGAAUAUGGUAGUAAUCUUAGUAUUGGUCAAAGGCAAUUGAUCUGUUUGGCGAGAGCUUUAUUGGGUCAUAACUCAAUUUUGGUUAUGGAUGAGGCCACCGCAAAUGUUGAUCAAAACACCGAUCAACAAAUCCAACAAACUAUACAACAGAAUUUCGCCCAUUGCACUGUAAUAACUGUGGCACAUCGCUUAAAAACCGUUAUGCAAUCGGAUCGUAUAAUGGUUUUAGAUAAUGGCGAAUUGAAAGAAUUCGGUAUACCCCAUAUAUUGCUGCAAAAAUCUGAUGGUUAUUUAAGACAAAUGGUAGAAGCUACUGGUGAAGAGGCCAAUAAUCUAAUAGAACUGGCCAAGGAAUGCUAUAUUAAAUAGAAAAGUUUUUAAGUUUAAAGUAUUGGAAAGUGUAAGAAGAAAUUUUUGAAUACGUAAAACCAUUAUUGUAUUAUUUCGUGUGUAAGCAUGCUCUAAAGAAAACAAUCUGUAUUUUAUGUAAAAAUUUAUAAAAAUAAAUUUUGUUAAGAAUUUCUAUUAAA